UCCAAAAGGCAAUUCUUGACAAACUUGACACAGAAAACCUGCUCUCCGUCUCCAACACGUUCCGCAUAGUGGAUUUCAUUUCGUCCGUCGGGCCAAACACUUUCAUCGCCGUGCAAAACAUGAUACAAGCUGUGGAAAACAAGUGUUCUCUCCAGGGCCUGGACCCUGGAAACAUCGAUUUCCAGGUUUUCUUCAACGACCACACUGCCAACGACUUCAACACGCUGUUCGCCUCGUUCCCGUCCGACAGGCGGUACUAUGCGGCUGCGGCGCCAGGUUCGUUCCACGGCCGGCUUUUCCCGCGGGCUUCGAUCAGUCUGGCGCACUCAUCGUAUGCCCUGCAGUGGCUUUCAAGGGUGCCGGAAGGGGUAUGUGACAGAAAAUCGGCGGCGUGGAAUGAGGGGAGAAUUCACUACACGGGGUCGUCCGGAGAUGUGGCGAGAGCGUAUGGGGAUCAGUUUGAGAAGGAUAUGGGGGUUUUUAUGAAGGCGAGAGCAGAUGAGAUUGUGGAAGGAGGGCUGAUGGUUCUGAUCAUGCCUGGAACUCCUGAAGGGGUUUGCCACUCGCAGCAACUCUUUGGUGUUCUCCUCGAUUUUCUUGCAUCCAGCCUCAUGGAUUUGGCUAGUGAGGGAAUUAUUGACAAAGCUGAAAUAGACGAAUUCAACCUGCCGAUAUACGCUCCAAGUGUUGGAGAGAUGACAAAAUUGAUAGAGAAGAACGGCUGUUUCAGCAUCAAGAGGAUUGAGCUCACAAACCCCAGGUCGAAGGUUGAUGAACCAAUAGACGUUCACCGGGUGAUAAUGCACAUGAGAGCUGGGAUGGAAGCAGUCUUCACCAAACACUUUGGAGACGCUGUUGUGGACAAAAUGUUCGACAAGGCUUUGGCAAAAUGUGGAGAAAUUUCUGAGUUUUUGAAGUCAAGUUACCCGGAAUCCACUCAACUUUUUGUUGUCUUGAAGCGUAAAUGAUUUGCCCAUUUGUCUUUUUUGGAUUGGAUGUUGAAUGGAAUUUUAUAAUUAUGUUUG